UAAAAACAUAUGCAAACUAUGAUAACUCCAAUUGUAUUUGACACUCUUACUUAAACCAGAAACCAUCCCCAAAACUUUUUCUUCUCUUUCUUUUGCAGUGUUUCAAAUCAAACAAAGAUGUUAAGUUCUACUUCUACACGUGAGAUUCAUCAAAAGAGUGUUCUUCAAAUUAAACAAGAUGACAAAUUUUUCAGCAAGUUACUUUCAAAGGAAAGUUCCAAUUGUAACCCAUCUUUCAGAGUUUCUGUUGCUGUUCCAUUUGUUUGGGAAUCUCAACCUGGUACUCCCAAAUACACAUUCUCUCAAACCACUCUUCCUCCUCUUACACCUCCACCUUCCUAUCAUUUCAACAAUAUCAAUAAUAACACUAAAAGGAACGAAAAAAAGCACUCAAAAUUCAAUCUUCUUUUGGGAUUGCUACAAAAACUAAACCUCAAGAAAAUCAACCAGUCUUCGUUGUCAUCUUUACACCCUUCAAAUUCAUCAUCAGCAGUAGAUUCUGCAAAAAUUACCUCCGCGGCGAGGGGUAGGAGGAGAUUCUUAAGCCAUGGAUCAUCUUUUGACUUCAGGGUUGAAAAUGCAGAAAAUGAUGGUGCUGGUUCACCAACUUCAACAUUGUGCUUUGGAAUUCCUCGUUCCGCCAGUUCUAAUGGUGGCUUCCAAAGUAAUUACAAGAGGCGCAUAAGGUAAUCAAGAUGUAUCUUUAUAUAACACAUAAUCAGACACUUCAGAAUGAAGAUGUAUUUGGUGUCUAAAUUGUAUCAGUGUCUAAUAGGUGUUGGCGUUUUUAAGCUGUAUUUUAAAGAAAAUAAAACUCAACAAGAAGGAAUGAAUGAAUUGAAUAUAUUGUGUGUGUUGUUUA